AUGCCUGGUCCAGUUGAGAAUCAAAGCAGUACCUGGGACAAGUGCCAAACCUCUGCCCAAGCAAGGCUACUCUACUUCGGAAAUGAAUUUCCCAACGAUGAUUUGAACGAUUUGUUUCGUCGGCUGCUACAGCAUAGCAAAGACCGACGUUUUCGAUUACUUGCCGCUUUUCUCGAGGAGUCAACGCUCGUUAUUCAAGAUGAAAUUGCAAAACUUCCACACCAAAUUAAGAGUCAGGUGCCACAUUUCAAUAAUAUCCUAACGCUUUCUGAAAAUGGAUAUCUUCGCGAACUUGGCUUGGGAGCUGCCAUGGAAAGCGCCUUGCUUAUUGUACUACAGAUUGGCUUGUUCAUAGGACAUUACGAAGCAAUUGAUGCAGAACUGACUCUAUCUGAUGGUCUGACGACACUAGCCGGUCUGAGUGUUGGGCUCUUUUCGGGCGCAGCAGUAGCGCUUUCUACCUCUCUUGCAGAAGUGGUUAAGAAUGGUGCAGAGUGUCUGAGAGUAUCCUUCCGACUGGGAGUUUAUGUUGGCGAUUUCUCCGGAAAGCUUGAAGCACCUCAGCCAGAUGGAAUACUUCAGAGUUGGGCACAUGUCAUUACCGGGAUGACUGAGAAAUCAGUUCAAAGCGAACUGGCUAGGGUAAAUGAAGAACUAGGAAACCCCGAGAUUUCCAAAGUCUUUAUAAGUGCAGCAGAUAGGUCAUCCGUGAGCGUCAGCGGACCACCAUCCCGCAUAAAGUCCGCAUUUCUACAGUCUAGCGACCUUCGAUAUGCCAAGUCACUGCCAUUACCGGUGUAUGAUGGCCUAUGCCACGCAACACAUCUUUACAGUCAAGAAGAUGUAAACGCUGUCCUUGACAUCUCAGAGUCACUCAUCCCGGUUUCCCGUCCGUUGCAGCUUCCCCUGAUAUCAUCACAGACAGGGAAGCCUUUUACGGCCACCACAGCAGGUCAAUUGCUACUGGAGAUUGCCACUGAAUUAAUCACUGGAACUAUUUAUCUCGAUAAUGUAACAGCGGGUAUAAUUGACCAUAUCAACGCUGUGGGUGGGUCAGCAACUUGCCAAAUCGACACAUUCCGCACAUCGCUUGUAUUCAAGGGUAUCCUCGAGACUAUUGUUGCAAGCUUCCCUGACAUGGAGAUCUCAAGGAAUGACAUGGUCGAAUGGGUUCAUAAAGACUUUGGCACACGACGCCGCAAUAACCCGGCCAACUCAAAGCUGGCCAUCGUUGGCAUGGCGUGUCGUAUGCCUGGUGGAGCUAACGAUACUGAACAGUUUUGGGAGCUGCUUGAACAAGGCCGUGACGUUCAUACAACAGUGCCUAAGGACAGAUUUGACUUGGAUACGCAUUAUGAUCCCACAGGCAAGACAGAAAAUGCUGCACAAACUCCAUACGGAAAUUUCAUUGACCGCCCGGGAUAUUUCGAUGCGGCCUUCUUCACAAUGUCUCCUAAAGAGGCCGAGCAAACGGACCCAAUGCAAAGACUUGCGCUGACGACGGCGUACGAAGCCAUGGAAAUGGCGGGUCUUGUCCCUGGUCGUACAGCAUCGACACGUUGGGAGCGCAUUGGGAGCUUCUACGGUCAAGCGAGCGAUGAUUGGCGUGAGCUAAACGCAUCACAGAACAUCGGGACCUAUGCGGUGCCUGGUGGAGUACGGGGUUUUACCACAGGACGCAUCAACUAUUUCUUCAAAUUUGCGGGCCCUUGUUUCACGAUAGAUACUGCGUGCUCGAGUUCGAUGGCCGCAGUACAUGCUGCCUGCAUGGCUCUAUGGGCGGGUGAGGCCGAUACUGCACUUGCAGGCGGAGUCAAUAUCAUAACUGACCCGGACAACUAUGCUGGCCUUGGUAAUGCUCACUUCCUGUCCAAAACCGGACAAUGCAAGGUCUGGGACAAGGACGCAGAUGGAUACUGCAGAGCUGAAGGGAUUGGCUCGAUUGUGAUCAAACGGCUGGAAGACGCUGAAGCCGACAACGACAAUAUCUUGGCUGUGGUUUUAUCCGCAGCUACGAACCACUGUGCAGAUGCCAUCUCAAUCACACACCCGCAUGCUGGACAUCAAAAGGACAACUGCCGCCGAGUCCUGCGGCAGGCUGGUGUCAGCGCUCUGGAUGUUAGCUUCGUCGAGAUGCAUGGUACAGGCACACAGGCUGGUGAUGCCAUCGAGUCAGAGUCUGUCUUGGAUGUAUUUGCUCCACUCAAACCGCGCCGUCGCGCUGACCAGAAGCUACACCUCGGCGCAGUGAAAAGUAACAUCGGACAUGGCGAAGCUGUUGCCGGAAUAUCGUCGCUUCUUAAGGUAUUGCUCAUGUACCAAAAAAAUGAGAUCCCUCCUCAUGUUGGCAUCAAGACAGAAAUAAACCCGACCAUUCCGAAGGAUCUUGAUAGGCGCAAUGCUAGUCUGCCUAUGAAGACUACAGCUUGGCCGAGACCUCAGGGAAAGAAACGCACCUCAGUAGUGAAUUCGUUUGGUGCCCAUGGCGGAAACACAACGUUGCUUCUUGAGGAUGCCCCGGAAAGGAAGAGGGUUCGAGCCAGCCCCGAGAGUGCUGAUGGUCGUUCUUUGCAUACUAUACUUAUCUCAGCAAGAAGCAAGAAGUCGCUCCAGGCCAACCUGGAGAACCUGAUACUUUACCUCGAAAAGUAUCCCGACACUGAUAUAGCGGACCUGUCUUACACGACGUGCGCUCGGCGUAUGCACCAUAACCUGCGUGUUGCCACCACCGUCUCCAGCAUUCCUGGACUACAGAAGUUCCUCCGCACAUCUGUAGAUAAUAAGGUCGCUGCUGACGCAAAGCCAGUUCCAUCCAGCCCUCCGGCGGUGGUUUUCACCUUCACCGGCCAGGGAGCCUCCUAUCGAGGUAUCCGGCAGGAACUUUUUGAUGAUUUCCCCUUCUUCCGCACUCAGGUCCUGCAGCUUGAUCAACUUGUCCGGAAACUAGGCUUCCCUUCUGUUGUGCCCGCUAUCACCGGUAGCACGGACGAUGAAGUGACAUCCCCGGUGGUCAGUCAGCUAAGUAUUGUGGUGUUGGAGAUCGCAUUGGCUCGAUUCUGGUCAUUGCUAGGCAUCCGACCCAGUGCAGUUAUUGGCCAUAGCCUAGGCGAGUAUGCGGCUCUCGCUGUUGCUGGUGUUCUCUCCGCGGCAGAUGUCCUUUAUAUUGUAGGGCGUCGUGCCCAGAUUACUGAACAACGCUGCGCACCAUACAGCCACUCGAUGCUGUCGGUACUGGCCUCACCUGAAGAUAUUGAAAGAGUCCUGAGAAGUGCUGCUGACACAGCCAAUGUCAAAUAUGAAGUGUCAUGUCAAAAUACGCACGACGAUACAGUGCUCGGCGGAACAAAGGCCGACAUCAACACUAUCCGACAAACGCUUGAGACCAACAACUAUAAAUGCAUGCCACUGGAGAUCCCCUUUGCCUACCACACAUCUCAGAUGGAGGCAGUGAUUGAUGAGUUGGAGAACCUAGCUAAGAAGGUGCCUUUCAAGGCCCCUAGCAUCCCCGUCCUAUCCACCAUGCUCGGAACCCCGAUUUUCGACGGCAAGACGAUCAAUGCAACCUAUCUUCGCCACCAAACUCGCAAUACCGUCAAAUUCGCUGCUGCUGUCGACGCUGCACGGGAAUUGGGAAUAGUAGACGAUAAGACCGUAUGGUUGGACAUUGGUCCGCACCCCGUCUGCGUCGGCUUUGUUCGUAAGCUGUCUCCGCCGUCGAAGAUUGCCUCUUCGUGUCGGCGCAACGAAGACAACAUAUCCACCAUUUCCAAAAGUCUCGUCACACUGCACCUGGCAGGCCUCACACCAUGCUGGAAUGAAUACUUUAGGCCGAACGAACGCGCCUACGUCUUACUCAGCUUGCCCAAGUAUAGCUGGAACGAAACUAAUUAUUGGAUUCCAUACCUUGGCACCUGGGCACUUGACAAGGCACUUCUGAAAUACGGAGGGAAGGCCGGCAGUGGUAAAACGCCUGCGACUCUCUCCUCCUCGGCUCUCCGGACGUCCUCGAUACAUCAGAUCACGAGUGAAACGAUUGAAGCAACGACGGCCACACUGCAUACGCUUUCUGAUAUGCAGCAUCCAGAUUUCCGCAGCGCUAUAUAUGGACACACGAUGAACAACUGCGGCGUGGCUACCUCGUCUAUCUGGACAGACAUGGCCCUAUCUGUGGGACAAUAUCUAUAUCGUCGGCUAGUACCGCAUACUAAAGAUGUUCAUAUGAACGUUUGUGACCUGGAGGUCUUGCAUGCUCAGGUUGCCAGUAAGGUUAAGGGCUGCUCGCAACCACUCGCACUCGAGGCUCAUCUUGACCUGAAUUCGCAGUAUAUGUCACUGGCAUGGUAUAACGUUAGUGCUGAGACGGGAGAACGGGCCGCUGAGUCAUUUGCAUCGGCUGGGGUACGUUUCGAGGACCCCAUGGCCUGGAGUACCGAAUGGAACCGCACAGCUCAUCUCGUUCUUGGGCGUAUUGAGGCUCUACAGCGCUUGGCUGCCGACGGUCAGGCCAACCGAAUCUCCAAGCGCCUCGCCUAUACACUCUUCAAAAAUGUCGUUGACUACUCAGACUGGUAUCGCGGAAUUGACAACGUAAUAAUGCACGAGUACGAGGCCGUUGCUGACGUGACCCUGGUGUCUGAUCGCCAUGGGUCAUGGCAUACACCGCCACAUUGGAUCGAUAGCGUCUGCCAUCUUGCAGGCCUGAUUAUGAACGGCAGCGAUGCGUCCAACACGCAAGACUACUUCUAUGUGACGCCAGGCAGUGAUAGCCUCCGCAUCCUCAAGCCGCUCGAGCCUGGAGCCAAAUACCAAAGCUAUGUCCGUAUGUUCCCGCUUCCCGUGGAGGCUGGGAACAUGCACGCAGGUGACGUCUAUAUCUUGCAGGGUGAUGUUAUUGUGGGCGUUUUGUGUCAAAUUCGGUUCCGUCGUGUGCCACGGCUGUUAAUGGACCGAUUCUUCUCGCCUCCUAGUUCCGACAAUACCCAGAGUCAUAUGCCAGCUGCCACUAGCCAGAAAAAUAGUUCCACUGUUUCGAUGGUUAAUGGCACAUCUUCACAUCACAUACCCAACGGGAAGCCGCGUCACAACGCAGCCUUUACCCCACCAGGAGUCCCAGGAGGCUAUUUGGGGGUGAAGCCUGCCAGUCAUGAACAGGACAACGGCGUCAAUGGCGUGAGCGGUCAGAAUGGCUCGAAUUCCUCGUCUAGCAGCGACCACACACCUGGGGCGACUUUCACACCCACUGAAUCAGUGGAGACUGUGGAAACUGUGGAAACUGACACUGGGAUUGUUGGUCAAUGCAUCCAGAUAAUAGCACGCGAGACAAAUCUGGACCUGAGCGACUUGACCGCCGAUGCAACAUUUGUGCAGCUUGGAGUUGACUCUCUUAUGUCUCUGGUUCUCUCUGAGAAGUUCCGCAAUGAGCUUGGUAUUGAGGUCAAGAGCUCACUCUUCCUCGAAUGUCCCACCAUUGGCGAAGUAAAGGCUUGGAUAGAUCAGAACUGCUGA